AUGACAGAGUCCAACGUGAUGAAUGAUACCCUCCCGGAAAGCCUCCGCAUCCUUUGCUUCGGUGACUCCUUGACAGCCGGCUACACAAGUUAUGGUUGGGAAUUGUAUCCAUACGCUGACCACCUCCGUGUGGCACUCCAACAUAUGCUGUCGACGUCGGACAUCGAGGUCGAUGCCGCAGGACUUUCUGGGGAUCAGGUUCGAGGAAGCUACUUGCCGCGUAUCGAAGCUAAGUGUGCAAAUACUGAGUCACCUUACGAUUGGAUCGUAGUCAUGGGAGGAACGAAUGACCUAGCUUGGGGCCAACAGCCAGAUUCGAUUUAUGAGGGACUGAAGAAAGUGUGGAAGGUGGCAUUGGACACCGGAGCAAAUGUGCUUGCGCUGAACGUACUAGAAGCCGAGGGCUCAGGCGACAGAGAGAACUCGAAGCGGAAUUCCCUGAACAAUAUGAUUGCCAACCAUCAUCAAGAGAGAUAUUAUUCCUUCGAUCUCUACAGCGCGAUCCGAUACACAGGUAUUGACAAGGAUUUACGCAAAAAGCUCUGGGAUGACGGACUGCAUCUCACAUCCGAAGGCUACAAGGUUAUGGGCGAUGUCAUCGCUGUUCGAAUGUUUGAGCUUCUGAAGAUGACCCAGCAGCCGAAGAACAUUGGCCCUAUACGCGAUUGA